AUGGAUACGACGAUGGCGUCGAUCGCCGGCGGAGCUAAUGGUAACCUCGACGAGCAAAUUUCUCAGCUCAUGCAGUGCAAACCCUUGUCCGAACCAGAGGUACGGGUGUUAUGCGAGAAGGCCAAGGAGAUUCUUAUGGACGAGAGCAAUGUCCAGCCAGUAAAAAGCCCAGUCACUAUAUGUGGUGAUAUUCAUGGGCAGUUCCAUGAUCUUGCUGAGCUUUUUCGGAUUGGUGGGAAGUGUCCUGACACAAAUUAUUUGUUUAUGGGGGACUAUGUUGAUCGAGGAUACUACUCUGUUGAGACAGUAACGCUCUUGGUGGCUCUCAAAGUGCGGUAUCCACAACGUAUUACGAUUCUACGUGGUAAUCAUGAAAGCCGCCAGAUUACUCAGGUUUAUGGGUUUUAUGAUGAAUGCCUAAGAAAGUAUGGCAAUGCAAAUGUGUGGAAGAUCUUCACAGAUUUAUUUGAUUAUUUUCCUCUUACUGCAUUGGUUGAGUCAGAGAUCUUCUGCCUGCACGGUGGAUUGUCGCCAUCCAUUGAAACUCUUGACAAUAUACGGAAUUUUGAUCGUGUCCAAGAAGUUCCUCAUGAGGGUGCCAUGUGUGAUCUUUUAUGGUCUGAUCCUGAUGAUCGAUGUGGUUGGGGUAUCUCUCCUAGGGGUGCUGGAUAUACAUUUGGCCAAGACAUUUCAGAGCAGUUUAACCAUACAAAUGGCUUGAAGCUUAUUGCUCGAGCUCACCAGCUUGUUAUGGAGGGAUUUAAUUGGGCUCAUGACCAAAAGGUCGUUACCAUCUUUAGUGCGCCCAAUUAUUGUUACCGCUGUGGAAACAUGGCAUCUAUUCUGGAAGUUGAUGAUUCCCAGGGUCAUAGUUUCAUUCAGUUUGAGCCAGCUCCUAGACGUGGUGAGCCUGAUGAGGUCCUGUCCGCCCUCCUCGCGCCGCGCCUCGAGGCCACUGUCGUGUGCGGGAGAAGGUAUGCGGAGCCUUACGCCGUGCAACCCUUUCUCCGUCUUAGUUUCGGACAGCCGCUUCAUCUUGCGCCUCCUGCCUCGUGCUGGUCGGAUGAAGGUUUUCUAGUCGCUGUUCAUCGUCUUUUUCAGGUUGAUGGCCUCCUAGUUGGCUUUCGCUACCGGGUCAAUCGCCCUCAGAAUGCGCGGGCAUGGGUUCUUCUGACUCAAAUUUUCGAGCCGAUCCCCUCGGGCCCUCUUAUUCCCCUAUUUGGCGACUUCGACAGCUCAGAUCUAGACUAA